AUGACGGCAUCAAUUGGGUCAACGGUGGACAAAAAGACGGAGGCUGAAUUGUCCGCUGGGAGAAUAUUGAAUGAGAAACAAACGGAUUGGAGAUCCAUGUGGAUUUGUAUAUUUCUACAAUUUAUAGUGGGAGUUCAAAUAUCUGUAUACUAUAUGUCAAUGUGGCCGUAUUUGAGUGGACUUGACAAAACUGCAGAUGUCGACUUCUUGGGCUGGAUUAUAGCGGCUUGCAGUAUUGGAUGUUCUAUCUCAAAUCCAAUUUAUGGCUUCUGGAAUCAAAAAACGAUGUCUGUGAAAUGGCCGGUUAUAACUGGAUUUCUGAUAGCAGCAGUUGGUCAAUUUUGGUAUGGACUUCUUACAGCAGCCACUAAUGUCAAGUGGUGGAUGCUUCUCGCUCGAUUCUUGACUGGACUUGGAGUUGGAAACAUUGCAGCUCUUCGAGUUUAUGCCGCCACUGCAUCGACUCCAAAAGACAGAAUGAGAGCAAUUUCAUUUGGAACUGGAGGAUUUGUUCUGGGAAUCUCAUUCGGCCCGGUGAUUUCUGCAGUCUUCACACCUCUCGGAGCUCACGGUCUCCGUAUCGGUUUCUUCGUUUUCAACAUGUAUACAGGGGUUGCUUACCUAAUGGCUCUGAUUUGUUUCCUGUCUUGUUUUGUUAUUCAUUUCAUGUUCAAAGAGAGUUACGCUGGAAUCGUAACAAAAGAAGAGAAAGAAAAUGAUGAUUUGAUUGUCCCUAAGUUUGAUGUUCCCGGAGCAAUCAUCUGCAUCUACUUGUUCAUGAUUGUCAACAUUAUUGCAACAAAUGUGGAAGUAUUGUCUACUCCAUUAACAACUGUAUUAUACGACUGGAAGGAUAGUGAUUCUAUCCUCUACAAUGGUAUUACCCUUGCACUAAGUUGCAUUGUUUCUGUCACUUUUCACGUGAUUCUUGGAACUAGUCGAAUCGGAAAAAUUGACAGGAGAAAUCAAAUAUUGAUCGGUAUUGUCCUGUUUCUACUUUAUCAUGUGUUCAUGUACCCAUGGGGAUUCUAUUCUGGACCAUUGAACUUCUUGCCGGAAGGAAUGGAGACUACAGAAAUCGGAGGAUGUUAUGCAGACUACCUCUGGUGUAAUGAAACAACGAGAGUACCAUUAGCAGUAUAUCUUUUCUGCUUCAUUGUCUUCUUUGGAACAUCCUUCCCAUUCGUUGAGACUCCUGCUUCAGCUCUUUACUCAGAGAUUCUUGGUCCCAGAAAGCAGGGAACAAUGCAAGGAUUCUUCUCACUUGGAGGCAGCAUUGCUCCAGUUAUUUCAUCCAUUUCAUCAACAGCGAUCUUCAAAUAUACCGGUUACCGUUAUGUCAUUGUACUUCAAACAGUGCUACUGCUCGUCGGAGGUGCUCUCAUUUUAAUCUUUUACAAGAGACUUGUACCGUUAAAAGUGAUUAAAAAGUCCGAGGACGAGAAGGUGGAAAACUGA